CACAAAUAUAAAAAUAACUAAACAACUUCUGUCACAUCUUUCAAAGUCAUGUUUGUAUAACAUGACAGUUAUUCUUAUAAAAAUCAGUCCCGACGCUCGAACCUAACAUUUUUCCUUUUAUUUUAUGAUGUUUUUAGUUUUUUUGAAGCGAAAAUUAUCAUGUCAGAUUGCCGCGUACAAAAAUUAUUAUUUUCCGAGUUCUGCGACUUCGACGACAUGGUCUUGCUGGAAAGUCCGUUUGCACAGACCACGAAAGACGGAACUGGCAUCAGACAAGUCCAUUUAGGAUUAACCACGUCAAAAUUAGUAUUAGCGACCGACAUAUUGCCUCCGGUGGACGAAAAUUUCGUUUCCUACGUGCCUGGAAUCGACCCGGAAAUAGAAACGUUCGAAUUGAUAGCCAUUUAUCCGGUGACCUGCGUGAAUUUGAGCGUUUAUAGAAGAAAGCGCCGGCAAGCUUUAAAAGCGCGAUUUUGCAACAACAAAGUGCUAUAUUUCGAGUUGGGAGGAUUUCAAAGGAGAAGGAUGUUUUGGAACUUGUGGUGCGAAAAAAUAAAAUUCCUCUCGCCGAACAACUCAAACUCCUCUAAAUCGGAGACAUCGGUGGCCACCAGCACCACAGGAAGCACAUUAUACGUGGUGGAGAAAAAACUGGUGUCGAUGAAAGGCACGAAGCAGUUGUGGUGCAAGUUCGGGUCAGGUGAUUCCCCCGGCAUAGACCACAGCCUACUGGACGCCGUCUACGGUAAUAAUCGACAAAAGUCAUCGAUGUUCGUAAGUAAGUGGACUGAUAAGUAUUUGUACAUGGGGGAUCAGUUUCAGGACUAUGCGUUGGAUUAUAGACCCCAGAUGCACCCAACCACGUUUGAUGAUGUAGUUUACACCAGGAAAGAUCAUAAAGUUAAAACAGGUAGAAGAUCAAAAGAUUCAGAUACUUUGCUACAAAUAAGCUCGAUUUGUGAUAUGAACCUGCUGGAUUAUACAAAUCUGAACGCCCCUGUGGAGUUGUGGGAAAAAAAUAAAAAUGACAAAUACAGAAAAAAAUCUAGACACAAAAGAAGAUAUGGAUUUAGUCCGCAGCCCCUGUUUUUACAUGGACUUGGCCCUUGGACAGUAAAUCCAGGUUCAUACUGCUCCCUGCAGUUGAAAAGAGCAUCCAGCGAAGUCCAAAUAAGGCAACCCUUGAUAGACCCGAGAUUAAGACUUCCCAUAUCGAAAAGACACUUGGUGACGUCGAUAUCUUGCACACAACUGUACCAAGAGAGAAUCGAAAAUUCCAGAAUGAGUUCCCCAACGAAGCCCAUAAUAUAUUUCUGGACGCCGGACUAUUGGUACAGGCCUUGGAAGAUGCGCGAGGCCUACUUGGACAUGCGAAAACACCUGAAACUGCUGUCGGAGUACAUCGAAGGAACAUGUAAAACUAGAAACCACGCGAAGGAUAGCGAUGACGAUGAUGAUGAUUCGGUGGGAAACACUUCGAAGACCUCGAAAAAAUGCAGGAGCAAAAAACGGAAAGCCCAUUUGUCGGGCGGAGGAGACUCGAAUUGUGAACCCUACAGACUCACUACGGAAAAUUCCUUGCAAUACGUGAAAAGAUUGCUGAAAAUUGAUAUUGCAGUAAAUAUUUGGGACUUUGAUUCCACCACGUUGGCAGAACAGCUUACUAUGAUAGAUAGAGAUUUGUUCCUAAAAAUCACCCCAGACGAGUUAGGUAUAAUAAUUUGGAAACAAAACACAAAAUUUGCUCCUAAUGUAUCUGCCUUAUUGGCUUUUUCACACAGAAUAAGUUGUCUGAUAGCACACGAAAUACUUAAGGAUAAUAUGGAAAAAAUAAGAGCAAGACUAAUAUCAAGAUUUAUCAACGUAGCCGAUAAAUGCCAUAAAAUGUCGAAUUUUCAAUCCUGCAAAACGAUUUUAUGUGGACUUCAGAGCCCUGCAAUUUAUAGACUUCGAGAUACUUGGGCUUAUUUGAGGAAAAAACACGCCACAAGAUACCAUUUGUUUCAGUAUUUAUCCAAACUAUAUAGGGAUCCAAGGCUAUUGGGUUAUCAAAAAAUAUUCCUGAUAUUCUCCCAAAAAACUCCAUUUUUGCCUUACAUUGGUCACAUCAUAGAAAAAUUGUUGGACAGGAUUCCAAACUAUGAAAUAAGCAUGUUUAGAAAAAGAUCCAAAAGUUUGACGACGUCGUCCAUGCAAACAAACAGCAAAACUGAAUCAUCGAGAUCCAAAUCCUUGGAUUCCAUAAGAAGCAAACACGAGGGCAACAUUGUAACAAAGCUGAUAAACUCCUUCAAACUAUUCAACAUGCAUCCCCCAAAACCGCACAAAAAGUCCAAGAAAAAGAGCCUCUCAAUAAAAAAACAAAAGUCCUUUGAGCCACCCAAAAACAAAUACGCCUUUAGAUGUCUGGACGACUACUACAAACCGAUUUCGCUAAUUGAGGACAACCGAUUGAAAUGUUUGGAAGAAGUUACGGAGUUUUUAGAAAGAUGCCAGAUUGGUGCUAUGAAUUAUAAUUUUGAUGUGCACGAUAUGGCGAGGUGUUAUUUGUUGAAGGCCAGGUAUAAAGAGGAUAGAGAUAAUUUUAUGCUAUCUUUAGUUUUAGAGCCCGUAAAUUGUAUUGUAAGCCAAUAAACUAAAU